AUGUCACAAACGAUACAGAAAUGGUGUGUGUUUUGCAUCCUACUGGUGAUUCUGGCACUAGGAGUGGUUGGGUUUGGCACCCCCGGCUGGUACCGUCUACGAGUAGCUAGUGUCACUCCAUACGAAUACACUGCCGGAUUUUUCGAGGCCUGCACAUCGUCCCAAUGCAAUGCAUACCUGACUUACGUCGGACUUAACUCAUAUGACAGUAACUAUAUUGGAUGUAUAAUAUUUAACGUCCUGGGCAUCGUCUUCCUGCUGGCUGCCAUGGUAACGUCUGUUUUCACUCUAUGGGAUCCUACAGAAUUCUGUGGCUGUGUGGCUUGCUUUACUGACAAGCGGAAGCUCCUCCACGUCACAUGGCUAACUCUACUUGCAGGUCUGUGUUGGCUGGUAUCCGUGAUCUGGUUCGGUGUAGCUGUGGUACAGAAUAUGAGGGGAUUAGGAACGCGGGCAGUGGGCGGUUCGAUAGUGGCCGAGUACUCAUUGGCAUUGGUAGCCAUUGCAUGCGUGCUAGCUAUUCUCUUUGCACUUGUCAUGUCCAUUUUGCUGGUGAGGAAUUUUUUCAUCGGUACCCGAGAAGUGAUCGUGAAGCGACGUGUCGAGGAGGUGGAGUACGUGGAUGAUCGUUUGACCAUACAAUCCGAGAUUUCCAAGAGAGAGCCUCUUGCACUUCCAGAACCUGUUUACACCAUUGCCAGACCGGAGCCCAUUCAAAUGAUUCAAGCACCCCCUCAGGUUGUAGAGGUUCCGGUACCACAACCGGUUGUUGUACCACAGCCGGUCAUGAUGCCACCACAAGUGAAGUACGUCGAGGUUCCAAAACCUGUCAUACAGCGUCAGGUGGUUAAGGAGUUUGUUGACCGACCCGUACCUGUUCCGGUCCCACAGCCUGCACCAAUUGUAAUUCAACAACAAGCACCGAUGAUGGUUGCUAGGCGACCCGUACCCAUCCGACUUCCUGCCCUGCCAGCGCCGCCAGUCAUGGUCUCCGAUCCGGUCUACGUACGCUCCCCUCGCCCGUACUAUGUCACAGAACCAAGAACUUCCAGGAGGAGCAAGCGCUUUAUGGGUGGAGCCUAUAUGGCAGGUCAGCCUAUGGGCGGUACAUUCAUGACACCAGGGCCACCCAUGGCCAUGCCUUUUGGGUAUGGCCCGGACGCUUUUACAAACGGGGGUGAUUUGCUGUACGACAACCCAGACUCACGUGCUUACGUACCGUAA